UUUUGCCUUUAACUCUAUUUAUUAACCUAGUAGAAUGCUAAUUUUUGGUGAGAGUAUAAAUUUUCACAUUUAUAACAAAUAUCCACCAAAAAUUGCAAAAAAUAUAAUUUCUUAUGUAUUUUUUGUUUUUUUAUUUGUAUUUCGUUUUUUCGAACCUUUGUUUUUUCCUAUGAACUUUGUCGGGACUCUUUUGCGAUCAUAAAUAGCAUAAAAUAAAUCUAUUUGAACCAACAAAAGUAAAAAAUAUUCAUACAUUUAUGACUUUUGGUUGAAAACACAAUUUGCAUUGAACUUGUACAUCGAAUCACGUUUUUGAUCAAUUUUGGGUCCAACAUGCACAUACAAAAUGUUGCGUAAUUUCAAAAUCGCGCACACAGGCAUCGCAAAUUUGGUCUCAAAUGAUGCGCAAGACUUGAAAGUAAAAAGUCAGCGAGCAGUGUAGUAAAAAAAAAUUCGCGCGAGGAUAAGCCCCUUCAAUUUUGUUCCAACUAACCCCGGAGGCCCAUUUGAUGUUUAUAAGCUUAAAGCACAAAAAAGGGACUUCACCAUGGCAUAUUAAUAACCCCAUUUUGUAGCUUGGUACAAGUGUCUAUCAUACACCCAAACUGGCCAACUUGAUCUAUAAACUUCUCUGAAAUAAUAAAACAUAUCUGAAAGAGAAAAAAAUUACUCAGAAGGUCAACAACAAAAAAUUCCUUUCUAACUUCACCAGGCUUGUUGCACAUGUGUUGUCUCUAAUAUGGUGGAUGGCUGUUGAUAAUGACAAUAAAUUGAGGGCAGUAUUGCAGAAAUUUAUUUAAAGACGUUAAAGAAAAUUACAAUGUUUCAACUUACCCCGCGUUCCAACUAACCCCGGUCUCCCCUACUUUGAAAUACUAGAGGCAUAAAUUCUGGAUAAUCUUUUUCCCAGAGAUAAUUAGCGGCAUUUUUUUUUUUAGAGAAGUGCCUAUUCUUCAUGUAUCUACAUGUAUGUGAUUUUGUAUGUCUUCGGAAAGCUACUCCGUUGGAAUAGACUUCCUGAAGACAUAAAAACUGCAUCUCUGUUCAGUUUAAAAAUUUCUGUUCACUUCAGUUUCUUUACGUACCUAGAGCUCUCUACAGAGUGGAUCUGGCACUUUAUAAGUCGCAUGUAUCAUUCAUUUAAUAUCCUUAGUCUCUGGAUUCUUUACUUGUAGCUCUCUAGACAAUGCAUAUCAUGAUGUAGUCAUUUCUUUGCUCAUAAGCAGUGCUCUUCAUGGAAAAUAGAGUAAUACAAUACUUCAAGAACGUGAAGACCGUUGGAUUACCCUUUGUUGAUAUCCUUGUGUUUGACGUUUCCACAUGAGAAAGAAGAUGGUCCCUAUCAUUGCAAUCUUACAUUGAAAGCUUUUUCAACCUGGAUAUUCCUUCUCUCAGAACAACAAUGAAUAUCUUCAUAUUCCUACUACUAGUCACUGUUUAUGGAAGGGGCUGUAAUUCACAAUGUCAGGAUCCGUGUCACUGUGAGCAGCAGGGUGUGAAUUUUAGAAUGACAUGUACAGACCACUAUCUAGAAGAUGUUCCAAAGGAUCUCCCAUGUAAUGUUGGUGUACUUAACUUGCGCAGGAACUUCAUCACCACGCUAAACAGAGAGUCAUUCCCAUGCCAAAACAGGUUGAGGGAACUUCUUCUGUCCCAUAACCAUCUACACUACAUCGAGAAGCAAGUCUUUCAUAAUGCAGGAGAACUUAUGCUCAUAGAACUUCACUCUAACUUCCUUCAGAGCAUUCCAUACCUUGGUUCGUUACCCAUCAUUCUACAAAUAUCUGUCAUGCAGAACUCUCUGACAGAGUGGCAUCAUCAAACACUUCAGAAUACAACACACCUUACAGAACUUGAACUGGCAUACAAUAAACUCACAAGUCUACCAAAAAUUCCAUUCAAAUUAUCAAUUUUGAAUUUGAAUGGAAAUGCUAUCAAUGACCUUCACACAAUGAUGUUGGCAUAUCCAAAUGCCAUAUCACAUCUGAACAUUAACUACAACAAUAUUGAAUAUUUGGAUAGACUGCAAACGAUGAAAAGCCUGAAGAUACUUACGCUUGAAUUCAACUACAUAAGACGCAUCAGUGACAAUGUAUUCUUAAGUGUCCCUUUGCUAGACACAAUCAAACUCCGGCACAACAACAUUGUAGAUAUCUCUUCCUUCUGUAAUAUGAUGUACAUCAGGCACAUAUUUUUGGAAGAAAACAAUAUAAGAGUUGUGCAAAGACCUGCCUUUUCUAACAUUCCAAACAUAGAUACAAUCAAUUUAAAGGGCAAUGAAAUUAUUCAAUUAUCAUGCUCUUUCUUCAGUACACCACAAAGUCUUCUCCUUCGAAAAAACAGCCUGUCAAGAUUUGACUUUACAUUUGAAGGAGGGAAUUAUACAAAGCUAAGAAUUCUUAAUGUUGAUAUGAAUGACCUGCAAAAUAUUUCCAUCUCGUCCUUUCCUAACCUGUAUUCUCUAUAUGCUGGAUUCAAUAGAAUAAAAUAUGUUGACUUUGGCAUGGAUAGUCAUCACAAUUUAGAAUACAUUAAUUUAAACUCUAAUCAAAUUAAGAACACGAAAAAGUUUGGAAAUUUGCUAAACCUAAAGUGGCUGCAACUGUCUUCAAACUCUAUCACAUUUUUGGAAAACAAAACCCUGAUUUGCCUUCCUCAACUUCGUGAACUCACGCUCGAUAAAAACAGAAUAUCAAUAUUAUCAAACCUUCCAACUUUUCCUGAACUUGUAAAUCUCCAAUUAUCAGAAAACAUAAUUCACACUAUAGAAAACUCAACAUUUGACUCUUCACCAAGACUAGCUGUAUUAAACCUGGCCAAAAAUAAAAUUUCUGAUCUUAGAUUCCUUCAUUCCAUUUAUUCACUUGAGAAGCUGUAUAUAAGCCAUAACAGACUCAGAACCAUCAACUCUCCAGACUUCUUGACUCUAAUCCAUCUCAGAACUUUGGACUUGUCAUUUAAUUUAUUCAUGGAGAUUAAUACACGCAACUUGCAAUCCCUCCAAAGCCUUGAUAUCAGUCACAAUCUUUUACAUCAUUUUAACUUGAAUCACCUCUUUGGUGACAGAACACUCGUUUAUAUCAAUGCAGAGGGCAACAGAAUCACUGAUGUUGUUUCUACUUCAGCUCUUCAUAUAAACGUUAAUAAUAAUGCCUUUGGAGCUUCAAAUUCAAGUGAGCUAUCAGGAACCAAUAUAUUUGCAUGCAACAACAACUUGACUGAUUUCAAAAACAUCAAAAUUUCUCCCAAUUUGGUGGGACUAUACCUGAAUAUGAAUCAUAUUGUCUCCAUACCAAAUUUCACUUUCACAUCAGCAUCCUCACUAAUAUUUCUUGAAUUGAACGAUAAUGAUAUAGCUGAUAUAUAUCCUACAGCAUUCAUUGGUUUAAGACAAGUUGUGGAAUUGAAUCUGGAAAGGAAUCGCAUAACACACCUUCGUUCUGGUCUUUUCUCAAAUAUUCUAGAAUUAAAAUGUAUAUAUUUAGGUGGAAAUCCUUUAACACUCAUUUCAAAUCACCUGUUUUCAGAAGGUCAGGAUAUAGAGGGCAUAUGGUUUCCUUCUAUACCCUUUUCAAACACAUCCUUGAGCAUAUUUCAAGAUACUCCAAAUUUACUCUACUUGGAACUCAAUGAAAAUUUGGCUUUUCGUGAGCACUUUGUGAGAAACACAAGUAAUAGUGUAGGAACCAUUUUGGAAUUCUCAGAUCUAUGGUUUUUAAAUCUCUCUUCUAUCAACCUAGGGGACCACUGUCAAAAUGUGUUAAUAAACACUGUAAACAUUCUUGAUUUGUCAAACAAUGCCAUGACUACCAUCCCAAAAUACUGUCUGCCAAGAAGUAACAAAGCAUACAGUCUCAAUCUGUCUCAAAAUAAACUAAAAUUGAUCUUAAAGGAUUCAUUUGACAAGCAUAAUCAAUUCUGGUUUCUAGAUUUAAGUUAUAACCUUAUACUGUUCUUUGAAUUUGGCUCAUUACGGCAUCAGACAUACUUGACUCGUCUUUACCUUCAAGGCAACCAACUUACAAAGCUUGAUCUCGGCUUACUGACCUUCACUUUGAAAAGCAUCCAAAUUGAAUUAGAAAAUAAUCCUUGGACAUGUAAUUGUGACCUCAUCGAAUCUAUUUUCGCUCUGAAACACAUACUCACCCCCAUAAAAUGUGACAAACCUUUAGCUUAUGCCAACUAUUCAGUGGUUGAUCUUGCUGCCAAGAACAGCUUCACCUGCCGACCACUGCUGUGCUCUCAGCCCUACCAAACUCUUCUUUCAUUCCUUGGUGACAAAAUGGUUGAGUUACCUUGCCCAAUAAUAACAUCAAAUGACAUUUACUGGUCAGUCACAUUUCAAGGGGUACAACUAAACACUGUAAGAGACACCCUACCAGAAGCAAUUUCUAUCCUUCCACAUAAUGCACUUCUAAUCAGUUACGUUACUAAGGAUAUGAUUGGUCUUUACACCUGUUGGAGUAAGAAUGAAGGUGGGCAAACAAAAUUCACUAUAGAUUUACUUGUAGAGGAAAUGGAAGAGAAUGUGGAAGACAGUUCUAAUACUAGUACUACAAUAUUAGCCAAAGAAUGGAAAGAUACACUUCAAUGUGGUACUAAUAAUACUUUAACUUCAAGUAUGCCUACUUCAAAUGUUAUUAUUUGA